AUGCCUGUCCAAGACAAUGCUAGGUUCGACUUCAUUGUCGUUGGUGGUGGCACAGCUGGCAACAUCGUUGCUGCCCGCCUGGCCGAGAACCCCAAUGCUAAGAUCUUAGUUGUUGAGGCCGGUGUUGCCAACUCCAAGGACAUCGAGGACAUCAGAACCCCUGCCAACGCCAUGGAGCUCCGUGACAGCCAGUACGACUGGGCUUACAAGACCACCAUGGUCAAGCGCGACGACUACGAGCGUGUUGAGAAGCCCAACACCCGUGGUAAAGCCCUCGGUGGCAGUUCGUCCCUGAACUACUUCACCUGGGUGCCUGGGUCCAAGGGCACAUUUGAUAUGUGGGAGGAGUACGGUGGAAAAGAGUGGACAUGGGACCCGCUCGUGCCCUAUCUGCGCAAGUCGGCCACCUACCACGACGAUGAGAAGGCGUAUUCGCCCGACCUGAAGAAGAUCGGAGCUGGUGGCCCCAUCCCCAUCUCACACUCGGAACUUAUUCCCGAAAUGCAGCCCUUCCGGGACCUGCUCACCAAGGCCUGGAAGUCCACCGGCCAGCCCAUCAACGAGAACAUCUUCGACGGCGAGAUGGUUGGUCUCACCCACAGUGUCAACUCGAUCUAUAGAGGCCGUCGAUCCGGCAGCUUCCUGGCUGUGUCUGACAAGCCCAACAUCACCAUCCUGCCCGAGGUGCACUCCAAGAGACUCAUCAUCGACAAUGCCGACAAGACCUGCAAGGGCGUCACUGUCAUCACCCAGUCCGGUCAGGAACUCAACCUCUUCGCCAACCGCGAAGUCAUCGUCUCCCAGGGCGUCUUUGAAUCCCCCAAGCUGCUCAUGCUAAGCGGUAUCGGCCCUGCUACCGAGCUCAAGAAACACGGUAUCCCCGUCAUCGUCGAUAACCUGCACGUCGGCCAGCACCUCCUCGACCACCCCGGCGUCCCCUUCGUCCUCCGCGUCAAGGAUGGCUACGGCAUGGACGACUACAUCCUGCGCGCCAACACAGCACAGAAUAAACAAGCCAUCCAAGCCUACCAGAAUAACCACGGCGGACCCCUCGGCUCCGGCUUCCUCGAGAUGGUCGGCUUCCCACGUAUCGACAAGUAUCUCGACAAGGAUCCUCAGUACCGACAAGCCAAGGCAUCCAAUGGCGGACAAGACCCUUUCUGCCCCUACGGCCAGCCUCACUUCGAGCUCGACUUUGUGUGUCUCUUCGGCUCUGCUUUCCAGUGGCACUAUCCCACCCCAGCCAAGGGCAACUACAUCACGGUCAUGGUCGAUCUCGUUCGUCCUGUUUCUGAAGGUGGCGAGGUCACACUCAACAGCAACGACCCAUUGCAGCAGCCCAACAUCAACCUAAACUACUUCAACAACGACCUCGACAUCAUUGCUAUCCGCGAGGGUAUCCGGUUCGCCUACGACGUGCUGAAGAACGGCGAUGGGUUCAAGGAUAUCAUCGAGGCGGAGUAUCCCUGGGACAUGCCGCUGCACGACGACAAGCUCAUGAAGCGCACUGUGCUUGACCGCUCCCAGACCUCGUUCCACCCCUGUGGUACGGCGCGUCUCUCGAAGAAUAUCCAGCAGGGUGUUGUCGAUCCAGGGCUUAAGGUCCAUGGUGUCAAGGGUCUGCGUGUUAUCGAUGCCUCGGUCAUUCCUGUUAUUCCUGACUGCAGGAUUCAGAACUCGGUUUAUAUGGUUGGGGAGAAGGGGGCGGAUGCUAUUAAGCGGGACCAUGCGGAUUUCUACAAAUAAUUUCUGAUGUGAUGUUAUGCAGAUUUUAUGAUUAUCAGUAAUAAAGAAUGGCAUUCCUUAUACUCCUCC